AUGGCAGCCCCUGAAGCACCCCUCAUCACCGUUCUCGGCUCCCUCAACAUCGACCUAGUCUCCUACGUCCCCCACCAUCCGCUACCAGGCGAGACGCUGACAGCAACCUCCUUCGCCGUCUCCCCCGGCGGCAAAGGUGCCAACCAAGCCGUCGCCUGCGCCAAGCUAUCCCGGUCCCGCGACCAUGUCCACCAGUCGGAAACCGCACACAUACGCAUGGUCGGCGCCGUAGGCAGCGAUACGUACGGCUCUCUUUUACGGUCCAACCUAACCGCACACGGGGUCGACGCUUCGGGCGUGUUGGUGCGAGAGGAAGUAGGGUCCAAGACGGGCAUUGCUCUGAUCGUCGUCGACGAGCCAACGGGACAGAACCGCAUCAUCCUAUCCCCUGAGGCGAACCACUCGCUUCUUCCCGAGCAAUUUGCGACACUGCCGGGGCCAAAGCCGGAUUUGCUAAUUAUGCAGCUCGAGAUCCCGCUCGAGACGGUGUUGCAGGCAUUGCGGGCGGCGCGGGAGGCUGGGGUUGCAGUGCUGCUUAACCCGGCGCCAGCGGUAAUGUUACCCGAUUCUGCCUACGAGGGGCUGGCGCAUCUAGUGGUCAAUGAGACGGAAGCGGCGACGCUGGGCGGCGUCAAGGAGGAGGAGCUGGAGAGCGAGGCUGGGUUGGUGGCUGUGGCGAAGGGAUUCUUGGCCAAGGGGGUGCACAAUGUGAUCGUGACGUUGGGGGGCAGGGGUGUGUUCUACAUGAAUAACAUGGGGAAACAAGGACUCGUGCCGCCUGAGAAGGCGAAGGUUGUCGACACAACUGCGGCUGGUGACACGUUUGUUGGGUCGUAUGCGCUGGAGUUUGUAUCGGCAAAGGCGGCGUUUAAUAUUGCGGGUGCGGUGCAGAGGUCCAACAAGGCUGCUGCGAAGACGGUGGAGAAGCUUGGUGCUCAAGAUUCCAUACCAUGGCGAGACGAGUUGUGA